AUGCCAUCAUUCGCGCAAAAGCAUCAGUUCAUUCUGCCGCAACCUGCGCAAACGGCAUCACUGGCGGGCCCGUCGUGCCCUCAAAAGAGGCGUCUGUCAAGCGUUGACGACUCACCUUCACCAGAUGCACUCAUCGCCACUGAGCAGCCCUUGAAGCGGGCCAAGCUGGAGAGCACCAACCUCGCCGUCUCUGACAUCCCUUCCAGUGUCGUCUCUGACGUACCAGCAUCCGCGUCUUUGCCUGUGCCUGUGCCUGCCGCUGUUCCAGCAGUGACUAACGACAUGGAGGACGCGCGCGACGCUAUCCAGUACCAAUUUGGUCUUGAGAUCUUGCUCAAGCACAAUGAGCUGAGGCUAAUCAACCAAGAACUGGCAAAAUGUCAGGUUGCUCUCGAGCAACUCCGUCGCUGCCAUCUCAUUCCGUAUCCUACUGCCUGUCCCACUCCUGCGCAGAUGUUGGAUAUCAGCAACGGAAAGGGUCCAGCUCUGCAAAAUCGUCCGGGAGAGCCUGUCCCCCAAUGGGCUGCGCCUUUUGGAGUUGUCGAUGGACCUUACGCUCGACACUACGCCAAGUGGCUCAUCCCCGAUCCCAAGUUUGAUGGCAUGCAACCUGAGUGGUACCCAGUGCUUGAGACUGCCCGUAGCAGAAGCUCAGUUGAGGGACGAACGACAAGGAACAGCAUGUCUGAUCUCGCCAGCGCAAACAAGAACCGCUCGACUCGGGGUAUUGGCAGCCAGAAGCUGCAGUCUCUCUCCAGCGGCUACCCUCAGCCAAAGGAGAAGGCCGGACCUUGUGUUCUCAAGCGCUCCGACGGCCAGACUGUGAAGCUCGUCUGCUUGGAUUGCAAUCGGGAGAACUUCAGCAGCACUCAGGGCUUCAUCAACCACUGCCGCAUCGCCCAUAGGCGAGACUUCAAGAGCCACGAAGAGGCGGCUGUUCAUUGCGGUCACCCCAUCGAGGUUAACGAAGGCGGCAGUCUUGUUGGAGAGGAAAAGGCUCCGCCUCCCCCACCAACCGCCAUCGCGUCUGGUCUCGUCCAUCCUUUUGCCCAGACCGACAUGUCCACCCAACAGGCGUACGUUGCUUUGCGUUCUAGGAUCGCAGAUUCCCUCAAGUUGUACCGUGAUGGCAAGCUGCCUGGCGUUACAAGCAUCCCUCAAAGUACUUCAAAGGCAGAGCCUGCGAGGUCCGCUGCGCCAAAGGCUGGAAACUUCGUCGCCUCGGCUGACACCCCCUUCCUUUCGCGACUCAUGCAGAGCAGAAACUUCACCGGCAACCUCAGUGACAUUGUCAGUGACGCCAAGGAGAAGAUGUCGCUUGAAGACCUCACAUCGCCAGGUGAGGAAUCGGAAGAUACCGAGACUGGUCUCGGCAGCCCGAAGAGCAAUGCGGGAUCAGCUGCUCGUAUGCCUGCCAUGCGCAUGCCUGCGAGAGCACCAAUGUCACCCGUCACUCUGACUUCGUCGACAAGACCAACAAGCAGCAAGGGAAGGUCGCCUUCUACAGGCUUUGCUUCGCCUCCCAUGAGCAGUCCCGAGAAGGACGACGGACCCACCAGGGUAGUAAUACACUCUGGUGAGGAUGUUGACAUGGAGGACGUUGACCUCAGCCCCAGCACAAUGGUCAGCAACAACGCACCUUCGCUUGUCAGCGAUGAUGGCGAAUAUGAUGACUCCGAUGACGGGUCGUCCGAAUCAGGUGUCAGUGACCGCAUGGAUGCCGAGUCGGUGUCUGACGUUGCUGAGAUCACACUUGAUGAGGAUCACGAUGGACGCCCUCUUGGUCAUCAUAGGGAGUCUAGCGGAGUCGGUUCCGGUACUGCGAUGCGUCUCAAGAAGGAUGAGAACAAGCAUGUCACUUUCGUUAGCCCUGUCCACGACAGCGCGAAGCGAGCCCGAAAAGUUUAG